AUGGAUAUUCAUAAUGCUUUUUUGCAAGGUGAUUUAUCAAAAGAAGUUUACAUGGAGUUGCCUCUAGGUAGUAGCAUGAAGUUGAUUCAGGAACUGAAAUCAGUCUUGCAUAGUCACUUCAAGAUGAAGGACCUUGGAGAUCUUAAGUAUUUCUUAGGAAUUAAAGUGUUGAGGUCAAAAUCUGGGAUCUUACUUACUCAGAGAAAGUAUGCUCUUGAGUUAAUAUCAGACUCAGGUCUUGGUGGAGCAAAGUUUGCAAGCACACCAUUAGAACAAAAUGUGAAACUCACAACUGUGGAUCAUGAUAAAUACACAGAGAAAUCAUAUGAUCCUCCACUCAAGGACAUCACUGGAUACCAAAGAUUAGUUGGGAGAUUAUUAUAUCUUACAAUCUCAAGGCCUGAUAUAAGCUUCACUGUUCAAAUGCUAUCUCAAUUCAUGCAGCAGCCAAAGGCUUUACAUUGGGAGGCUACCUUGAGAUUGAUCAGAUAA